AUGGCCACCCACAAGAGAUCGCGGACAGGAUGUUGGACAUGCCGAGAAGCCGGCUACAAAUGUGACGAACAAAAACCUUUUUGCAGCCGCUGCACCAGGCUGAAGAUUGUGUGUAAAGGGUAUGGAAUCAAAUUGAAAUGGCUGGACGACGCGGUCAGCACUUUGGCAAAACCGCCGAGAAAGAGUCGGAAGAAGAAGGUUGCUGUUGAACAAGAAGACCAGGCCUUUAGUCCGUCUUCGAUCAUCAGUUUCGCGUCUACGCCCGCGCUACAAAGUCCAGAUGGAACUAUAUCAUCGUCGACGUCGCCUCAGUCAGCGAAGAGUAUGCCUCUGCUACCGCUGUGUGGUAGCCCCGGGGUAUCCUAUGGUCUUUCGUUGGAUGAUCGAUGGCUUUUGAAUUACUGGGUCGAUCGACUUUCGCCGCUGAUAUCUGUGGCACCUAGGACGGGUGUCCCAACACCAUUCCAACGACAUCUAACAGCCAUGGCAUACGAAUCUUCUGCACUACGAUCCACGAUCCUUUCAAUGGCAGUAAAUCAUCUCGCAACCAGCUCAAACGACUCAUCGCUGUACCAACAAGGCUACCGCCACCAACACAAUGCUAUCCGCGACCUUCAACGUAUGAUCCAAGACCCAGAGGAUAUGAACCUCGAACCCGCCCUUGCCACAGUCAUGAUGAUGCAAGUAUCAUCACGUCUAUUCGACGACGACGACGAAGCACACGUAGCGAACCACCUGACCGGCGCCAAAGCCAUGAUAGCACGACGUGGCGGCAGCGGAGCAGCAGCAAUAGGAGGAGAAACGUGGCUCACCUCCUCAAGCGCCCGUUUCCUAACCAGCCUCUUCGCAUACCACGACAUUCUCUCCUCCGUCUCACGCAGUUCUCAACCCCUACUAGACCACACCACCGACUUCUUCCCCGCCAUCGAAGGCGAGCAAAACCUCAAGUCUAUCGCUGACGUCUUACUCGUCGUAGCGCUUUCAAACCAGCAAGAAGACGAGCUUGCAAAGUCCGAUAUCGUCGCAACGGCCGAAGCAUACCGCCACGCAGCCUUCAUCUACCUCUACCGCACAUGGCUUGAUAUCGGCGCUCCCAAUCCCAUUUCUAUGGAACAUAUAUCGCAAUGUCUGCUCCACUUGCAACGCGUCGACGUGUCUUCUCCGCUUACGGCAGCGCAUAUGUGGCCGCUUUUUACCGCGGGCUGCGAGGCCGUUGGCGAGAGUCAGCGGGCUUUCGUGAGAAGCAGGUUUGAGAAGUUAUGGUUGGCAAAGAGGUUUCCCAGUUUGAGAAGGGUGGCAAGGGAUGUGGAGAUUGUGUGGGAGGCGAAAGAUAGGGAGAGGGGGGUGAAGGGUGAAGGGGGUAUGGCGAAGGUGGAUUGUAUUCAGGUUAUUCUGAGGGGGAGGGGGAGGGAGGUAGGACUUGCUUGA